GAAGUGUUCGAACUGCAGACGUCCUCAAGGAAAUAGCUGAGUUGAGAAUUCGAGAGACACCUGGACGCACUCAUUUGAGUUGGAUAUUCUCUUCUGUCACCAAACGAUGUCUGUUUCUGAAGACCUCUCAGACAUGGACGGAGCAGACCUGUUAGGGCUGCUGUUCCACAAUGGAGAGGAUGGAUUCACGGAGCCCUUUUAUCCUGAUGAGAAUGGCCUCAUUGAUGCUUGGCUGUCUGAGCAAGAUAUGCUGACAGGUUUGGACACUGAAGAUUUUCUGUCCAGCUUGUUGGACGUAGAGGAUAAAACGGAGGCCUUCUGUCCUUCUCACUCUCCAGUGGGGAGUGACAGUGGCAUAUCUGACGACAGCAGCACAGGGGCUGGAAACAACAAUGUCCUGGGAUGCCCGAGUCCUCAUGGCAGUGAAAGUGAUGUUGUACCCAGCCCGUCCUACUCACACCCUAGCCCGGUGCAUUCAGAUCCUGCUUUGACCUCUGCAGAGUUGCAGGCCGAGAGCUUUGAGGCCUUAACAGUCCAUGCGGAUCACAGCUACUCCCUGCUGCAGACUGGAGCCAGGGACAUGGAYGUGCUGGAGAGCGUGCGGGCCGAGAAGCCAGAUAUGGAUGUCUUCAUCGACUUGGAUGACCUGGUGAGUGAUGUGAUGGAGGAGGACAUUAGCAACGAGCUGCCCUGCACUUUGUCCAUAGAAAACUCUGUAGAGGAUUCAACAGAUCUGGACACAGAAGAUCAAUUCCACUUUAAAGAAAUCGUUCUCACUGAGGAAGAGAAGCGUCUUUUGGCAAAAGAAGGUGCUACCAUUCCCACACACAUGCCUCUGACAAAGGCCGAGGAAAGGACUUUGAAGCGGGUCAGGAGGAAGAUCCGUAACAAGCAAUCUGCUCAGGAGAGCCGCAAGAAGAAGAAAGUGUAUGUCGAUGGACUGGAAAACAGGGUUGCCAUUUGCACUGCGCACAACCUUGAACUUCAGAAAAAAGUCCAGAUGCUUCAGAAACAAAACAUAUCAUUGAUCGAACAGCUGAGGAAACUUCAGGCUAUAGUGAAGAUGUCAACUAUGAAGGCCAGCACAACCAGCACUUGCAUUAUGGUGUUCCUGCUCUCUUUCUGCCUCAUCAUCUUCCCGUCAGUUAAUCCGUUUGGUGGAAACGCCAAGCAGAAUGAACUCUACACACUCAUUUCCCGGGGCCUGCGCUCAGUGYCCACUGAAAGCCCGGAGACUCCGCUUCACCUCAAGCCUGAGGACGAGCUGAUCUUGGUGUCCCAGGCAGUGGAAAACCCCAAAGCCAUUUUUGCAGGAGGUCAGAAUAAUCACACCCCUGACUACCAGAGGGUGGAACAGCCCGACUCUGAGACAGGCGUCAACAGCAACUCUUCGGCAGAUUUCCCCAGUCCCUCUCAGGCAGCUGAGAUGAAGCCAGGGGCCCCUGGCAGUGUAGGGCCCGUACAGGAAGGAUCUAUAGAUGCUGUGGUGGCAUAUGAGGUCCCAGGAUCUAAGGAAAACUGGAUAGACCGAAGCCCUCCAUCAGUUAUUUUACAGCAGCAUCGUUCUGAUGAGAUGUAAUCCAGGUGUUCUGCAAAACAUGACCAGCAGAGGGAGCCAUAUUUCUAAUUGUACAAAAGGGAAAUUUAAACUUAGAAAAAAGGGUGAAGGUUGAAAAACAUUAUCAAUCAAGUUUUCCAUUAAUUUCCCCCUCUAAUAACCUUUUUGUAUACUGCAGUUACUUUACUUGCACUUUCAUAUUUUAUUGCUCCAGAAAGGGGAAAAAAAAACUGGAAUGAGAUUGAUGUAUUUCUGUAAUGAAAGGUCUGCAGGUCUGCAGGCCACAUGCUACUGAAGGUUCUAAACUUGGUUUACGAAGUGGUGCAGACAACCAAAAUUAUUAAGUAAACUUGAUUUUUGCCAACUUGGGAACAUUCACUUGGUUGGAAAUGUUCCAGAUAAGUACAACAUGAGAUUUUGAGCAGAGAUUUAUUUGAGUUUCGCCUCUAAAAAGAAUGUUGACACACUCCCAAAAAUCUCAAUUUGCAUAGUUGUGCUAAAAUAUAUAUAUAUAAAACAAACAAACUGGUCAGUACUUUUUUAAUAGCAACAUAGCCUCCAUCAUCUGUUGUAUUGUAGAAAAUAGGCUGCUUGAUUCUCAUGAAGCUUGAACAAAGUGGGGGUUUGCCCACUGUAUUUAAUGCUUUAGCCAUUGCAGGACAUUUGGCCAUUUAGAAGACUUGUAAAGUUUAUUAGUAUUUCCCUUGUAACAAGGGUAUCCAUGCUUCUUCUAAUUUGUGGAAUGCUUUGUUUUUAUUUUGAAUCAAUCAAGAUGAAUUAAAGAAAUCCACACAGACCCCUUGACUUUAAGGCUGUUACUUAAGCCCAGUCUGCAGUAUCCUCCCUUUUUUUAUUAAGUGUCUGGAAUACCUUAUCACCCAUGUGUUAGGAAUAAGGGAGUUAAUGUGUUAAUAGACUGUUGGAAGUAAAAUAUGCUAAAAUAAAAUGUAAUGACCUGUUCUGUCAGUGAAGCAUUCUGUUAUUUUUGUGUAUUUUAUUUUUGUUACUGUCAGAAAUUAAUGGAAUCUUAAUGGUAUUGAAACAGUUUUGUAAUAAUUACAAGUCUGGGAUUUUAAAUGUCAAUCAAGUCCAAACAAAUGCACUGACAUUUGACAAAGUCCAAGAAUUGUGUUGUAAAUAUAUUGAUUACUUUUUUUUGUACAUAGAAACUAUGUAAAAGACAUGUCUGGACAUCUAUAAUAAAUUUUUUUAUGAAUAAGAA